AUGCCACUGUCUUCUUCUGAAGCCAAAAAUUCCUCCUUCUUCACAGCCGUUGUCAACCUUCAACUAGAUGUCACUCUCAUGCAGGAGAUCGGCGUCAAUUGGUCCGCCGUCCACCGACAGGAUCAAUGGUAUGAACGUGUCAAAGAUCAAUUAGAACCACAGCAAACCAAGUCCUUCAUGAGUUUCAACCGCCACGACUUAACCAACACCAAACACCAAUGGGGCGGAACAGGCAUCUUGUCCCAUGGAAAACUCUCACACUAUUCUAUGGGAGCUGGCUCCGACAAAGCACAACUCGGUCGUUGGACAUGGGCUCGAUACAGGGGCAAAGAUAAUAUUGUUCUUCGAUGUGUCAGUAUCUACCAACCAUGCGAGAACAAAUCCGAGGCAACGUCAGUGUGGUCACAACAUCGCCGGUACCUCCAGGAGCACAAUGACGACCGUGAUCCUCGAACAGCAUUCAUUGAAGACCUUGAUGCAGAGCUAACUGCAUGGAUUGCUAUGGGAGACCAAAUUGUGGUUGCUGGAGAUGUCAAUGAAUCCGUCUUCCACCACUCCAUCACCAAUUUGUUUUCAAGACACAACCUGAGACACCUCAUUUUUGACAAGUAUGACGCCACGAAUGCCCCGACUACGUACUUACGUACUCAAUCCAAUAGGAUUGUUGAUGGAAUGUGGGGCACUCCCAAUAUACACAUCCAACAAGGAGGCUACCUUGAACCGGGUGACUUCCCUGGCAACCAUUCUCUCCUCUGGAUUGAUAUCUCGUAUCGAACUGCUCUUGGACAUCUUCCUCCAGAUCCUACUUCUCCUCAAGCCCGUCGCCUCCAACUCCAUGACUCACGGACAACCAAAAAAUACUUGGACAAAUAUGAAUCCCUGGUGGAACAGAAACAUAAUCUCCGUCUCCGGCAGUUCUCCCUGGAAGCUUCCACAACCUAUGGCUACCAACUUUCCCCCUGCCAACAACAAGAAGCUGAAGCCAUCGACUUCCUCAAGACCAAGAGUAUGCUUCUGGCAGAGAAAAAAUGCCGCAAGUUGAAGAUGGGUCGAGUGGGCUUCUCUGAGGCCACCGAACAACCAAAGAAACGAAUAGCUUUCUGGGAAAUAGCUAUCCGACGCAGGAAAGGACUGACAGUCAGCGUAAGCCAAUGGAACCGGAAGAAACGUGAAGCCCAAAUCAAUGAACCCACCGCCCCUCUCUCCCUGGACACCAUGAUACACAAUCUUCAGCUGGCAAAGAAGGCAUACCGGAAGGCAAAGAAACACCAUAAAGAACACCGAAUCCGCUUCCUUGACCAACUGAAUCCCAAAGACCGACAACGACUAAAACGCAAGGAAGCUCAGCGGGAACUUGCCAGGGCUGCCAAACGUAUUACUGGGAAGGCAGCUUCCAAAAGUGUCACCAGGGUCGAACACAAUGGUCAAGAAUGUACCACUCGAGCAGAGAUUGAAGCUAUCCUGGCGCAAGUCAAUGAGUCCAAAUACAGAUCGUCCGAGGACACCCCCUUCCUUCAACCUCCCUUGCUGAGCGCUUUCGGCACUCAAGGGAACCUACCGGCUUCCAACCAAGUGUUAGCAGGCACAUAUCUUCCCCCAGUUGGCACCGACGUCUAUACGGCACUACUGCUUCAACAUCUCCGUCGCCCGGAAGUCUCUGAUUCGUCUCGACCCCAUUUUCAACCCCGUACCAGGAUUUCUACAGACCACCAUAUUCGAGGAUGGAGGAAAGCAAAAGAGAAGACUGCUGCUGGCCUCUCCCGACUACACUUUGGCAUGUUCAAAGCCCACAUUCAACGGCGUCGCCUAGCUGAAAUUGAUGCCUCUAUGCGAUCUGUAGCUUUCUCUACUGGAUACUCCUACUCCCGGUGGAGAAAAGGAUUAGAUGUCCAAUUACUGAAGAGGAAACGUGAUUUUCGAGCAACAAAACUUAGAACAAUUGGGAUCCUCGAAGCUGACUUCAACAUGAAUAACAAAGUGCUUUCGGUGUGUCAACCACAUCAUACGGCGGUCCACUACAGGCUGGAGUCCUCCCACCUCAAGGUGUUCUACAAGGGAAUGGAGCUGGUCCAGCUGGAUGGUUUGCUAUCAGCACCGCGAUGA